AUGGCCAUGAACUUUGUCACGUUUAACCAGGACUACAGCCACCUGGCUGUCGGCACUUCUCGCGGAUUUCGUAUCUUCACAACCGAUCCCUUCGCAAAAUGCUACGAAUCCAGAGAGGCCGGCAACAUUGCCAUCCUCGAAAUGCUCUUUUCCACCUCUCUCGUUGCGCUGAUACUAUCCCCUCGACGAUUGCAAAUUAAGAACACCAAACGAGACUCGAUAAUCUGCGAACUCACCUUUCCCACCACGGUCCUGGCGGUGCGCUUGAAUAGAAAGAGGCUGGUCAUUGUGCUGGAGGACCAGAUAUAUCUCUAUGAUAUCCAAACUAUGAGACUGCUCUACACUAUUGAGACAUCACCCAAUCCCACUGCCAUCUGUGCCCUCUCGCCGGCCUCCGACAAUUGCUACCUGGCAUACCCUCUUCCACAGAAGGCGUCAAACUCUUCCUCUGCACCACCCUCGCACGCACCGCCUAAUACAACCCACGUUUCCCCUACCUCCGGCGAGGUGCUUUUGUUCGAUGCCAUCAAGUUGGAGGCCGUGAAUGUCGUGGAGGCACACCGCUCCCCUCUUUCAUGUAUCACAUUUAAUAAUGAAGGGACAAUCCUCGCGACGGCAUCAGACAAAGGCACAAUCAUUAGGGUAUUCUCGGUCCCGGAUGCUCACAAGCUAUAUCAGUUCAGAAGGGGUUCCAUGCCGGCGAGGAUCUACAGCAUGGCAUUCAACAUAACUUCCACUCUCCUAUGUGUUUCCUCCGCAACGGAGACGGUCCACAUUUUCAAGCUGGGGCCGCAGACGACUCGGGCAGGUGACGAAGAGGAUCAGCCCGCCUCACCGACCAAAGCGACCAGUGCAUUUACCCGGCGGUUAAGCCAAGGCAGUGACGCAGCAUCCGACCCAGCCGGUGAAGAUGGAGAUGGCGCGGAGUCUCCAACUGAAAUCUCAAGCCGUAAGCCGAAUGGGACGUUGCUGGGUUUGUUGCGGAGAACGUCCCAGAACGUGGGAAUUAAUCUGGCCUCGACCGUCGGCGGCUAUCUUCCGAAAGGCGUGGCCGAGAUAUGGGAGCCUUCCCGAGACUUUGCCUGGAUCCGGCUUCCCAAAUCCAGUUCCGGGGCGUCACCGAGCCAACUGCGCAGUGUGGUGGCCAUGAGCCCUAAUUCUCCACAGGUCAUGGUCGUUACGAACGAGGGAAACUUUUACGUUUUCAGCAUUGACCUGGCGAAAGGUGGGGAGGGCACGUUGAUCAAGCAGUAUUCUGUCCUUGAUGUCAACGAUAAGAUGGCUGGCUCCGGGGUCGAUUACUGA